UAAGACAAACAAGACGCCAAAAAUGAUGCUGGGUAGAAAAAGACCACCAACUUUCCUUUCAUUUCCCAAACAAAUAGAGACGACUCAACCCCAGACAAAGGCCAAAGCUCCCUCUUUUCUGCUUCCUUUCUUCUUCCUCCAAUAGAAUCAAAAGUCCCUGUCCCUUUUUUCUUCUCUUCCAUCAACACGUCUUCUGAUUACAACCAGACAACAUUAGUUCAUAAAUUUUUAACUUUUUUUCAAAAUGGGCAUUUAGUCUUUGUAAUUUUGUCAUAAAGUUUUAGGGGGCUUCUUUUUGGGGGGGAAAAUGCAAUCAGAGAAUUCAGAGGAGGCGCGAUCGGUGGCUGGAGCUACAGAUACGAGAGGGAAACAUAGGAUUUCUGCCGAAUUGAAGAGACUUGAGCAAGAAACUCGUUUCUUGGAGGAAGAACUGGAACAGCUUGAUAAAAUUGAGAAAGCAUCAGCAGCUUGUAAGGAAAUGCUGACGAACGUUGAAACCAAGCCAGAUCCACUACUUCCACUAACGAAUGGUCCUACAAAUCCGACCUGGGACAGAUGGUUUGAAGGACUACAAGAUUCUUCUGGCUGCCGGUGCUGGAUCUUAUGAUGGUCAGGGGCAUUAUUUCAAGAUUUGAACUUAGAAGAAACUGGCGCCUUUUCGACGUGCAACAUUUAUAGACAGAAUGCACUUCAAAUACAAGUGCUUCAUUGUGCAGAAAAUGAUAAUUUUCCAUGUUUUUACUGAAUCAACAUCCAAAAGUCUAGGAUUUUUGGGGGUGAUUAGGUGAUGUAUUGUUUAACGGAUGUUCAAUCACGUGUGGCAUUGUGCAGACGAUAAUAAGUUUUUUUAACACCAAUUUUAGUUUUGUUUGGAAAAUAAUUUCUCCUAUGUGAUCAUUAAUGGCGGCAUACGAACAUACAAGAUGACUUACCCUUUUUUAUU